AUGUCCGACUUAUGGAAAGGUCCAGGGUUCACAGAAGUGAACGCUGGCUCAGAUGAUAUGAACAUCGCCAGUAUCGCCUGGGGCAUAUCGCUCGGUGUCGGCAUCUUUACUUCUACAAAAGCCAUUCGACAAACGAUAGACUCGUGGAGUAGAGGUCGAAAGAUGAACCACUACAUUAUUCUAGUGUGGCUAGAGUGGACGAGCAGUUGUAUCAUGAGUGCUGUCACCUGGUGUUAUUUACGAAAUUACAUACCUGGCGGGUUUCCAGUGUUUUUCGCUUUGAUCUUUCUUUGGUGUAUACAGAUCCAAGCCCUUAUACAAAUCAUCAUCAACAGAAUCACGAUACUCAUGGUUAAUCGGCAAAAAGCAAAAUGGCUCAAGAUCUGGUCGUUUCUGAUCAUCUUGUGUAUUAACGUCAGUGUCUUUAUGAUUUGGAUCCCCGCGAGAUUGCAGAUCAAUGAUACGUGGGCAGACAUCAACAAAGUCUGGGAUAGGAUCGAAAAAGUCAUCUUUCUGCUCGUCGACGCUGGACUCAAUCUCUACUUUAUCCAUCUUGUGCGGUCGAGGCUCAUUGCGAAUGGUCUCACCAAGUAUACCCGUCUGUUUCGGUACAACUUGUGCAUGAUUGCUAUUUCCAUGACGAUGGAUAUCCUACUUAUUGCCAUGAUGUCUCUUCCCAACGACAUCGUCUAUGUCCAAUUCCACCCUCUCGCCUAUCUCGUCAAACUCCACAUCGAAAUGAACAUGGCCGAUCUCAUCAUCAAAGUCGUAAAAGCCAGCAACGGCAAUGGCUACGACUACUCAGGCUCCAAGUCAGGCAGCACCCAACCGAAACAAAAGAGCGGCAACAAGCUCGGAAAAGGCCACAUCCCUUCAGCCAUGUUCGUCGGAGGAAACUUGACCCUUUGCCAAGCUGGCGACGACGAUAUCGAGAUGAACAGGAUGGAAGGCGGUAUCCAGAAGACGACGAGAACAGAAGUUGAGGUGGUGGUCAAGAAUAGACCAUCUGACAGCGAUGAUCGGGAUGUGCCCAGCGAUGGAGAGUCGAUGAGGCCGCUGAGGAAUGGUAAUACGUAUACGGUUCCGGAACCAAAGAGACGACGGAGCUCUCAAAUUGCCAUUCUCACAGCACCAUAG